CUGGCUGGAAGCCUGUCUGGGUGAGGAGCUGCCCCCUCCCCUGGAGCUGGAGGAGACCCUCCGCAACGGGGUGGUCCUGGCCAAGCUGGGCCACUGCUUUGCCCCCUCUGUGGUCCCCCUGAAGAAGAUCUAUGACCACGAGCAGACCCGGUACAAGGCAGCCGGGCUUCACUUUCGGCACACGGACAAUAUCAACUACUGGCGUGAUGCCAUGAGCCACGUGGGGCUGCCCUUGAUCUUCCACCCGGAGACCACUGACAUCUAUGACAAGAAGAACAUGCCCCGGGUGGUUUAUUGCAUCCACGCCCUCAGCUUGUACCUCUUCAAGCUGGGCUUGGCUCCUCAGAUCCAGGACUUGUAUGGGAAAGUGGACUUCACAGAGGAGGAGAUCAACAACAUGAAGAAGGAGCUGGAGAAGUACGGGCUGCAGAUUCCUGCCUUCAGCAAGAUCGGGGGCAUCUUGGCCAACGAGCUCUCGGUGGACGAAGCAGCAGUCCACGCUGCUGUGCUGGCCAUCAACCAGGCUGUGGAUGAGGGGGUGGUGGCCCAGACCAUGGUGGCCCUCAGCAACCCCAGUGCCCUGCUCCUCAACCUGCGCCAGGGGCUGGCGGGCGCCUACCAGGAGAUGCUCCACCAGGCAAAGCUGGAGAAGGGCAGCAAUGCCAGGAACAGGGUGAUCCCUGAAGGACAGGACAUCUACGACCAGUGUCUGACCCAGGCUGAGAUCCAAGAGAACAUCAACAAAGCGAAUGUGCACGGAGCCCUGGAGGAGGUGGAUGAUGCCCUGGAGAACCAGGACACCCUGGCCCUGUCCCGAGCUCUGCAGGACCCUGUCCUGGCCCUGCCCGGCCUCUGGAGGGACAACCUUGACCUCUACUUGGAGCAGCUGAGCCUGGACCGGGAGCAGAAGGCGCUGGACCUGGGCUACGUGGAGCUGCUGGAGCAGGAGGAGCUGGAGGCUGGGAUCCUCCUGGCCAACAGGAAGGCUGAGGAGCAGCGACGCAUGCUGAGGGCUGUGGGCAGGAUCAACGCUGCCAUCCGGCAGGGAAUUCCCGAGGACACCUUGGAAGCUCUGAGGGACCCCCCGGCCCAGCUGCCCCCCCCCGGCCCCCGCGCCGGUGCUGCAGAGGCAGCCCCCCCAGAGGGACCUGGACAGGCUGGGGAGGUGGGACCUGUGGAGCACAUGGAGUUCAACAAGGUCCUGCAUAGGGGCCGGGGCAAUCCUAAGCACAAAGCCAGGCUGGGUGAGCUGGUGCAGGAGGAGGUGUUUGUGGCCGUGGAGAUGCUCUCAGCUGUGGCCCUGGUGAACCAGGCAGUGGAUGCUGGGGACCCCCAGGGGCUGUGGAGCAGCCUGGUCAGCCCUGCCCUGGGCCUCUCGGGCCUGGAGGAGGUGAAUUCAGAGCGGUAUUUUGAGGACUUGGUGCAGCUGAAAGGCCAAUCCAGGGAAGCAGGAGUUGAGUUCCUGACCUGGAGUGACAUUCAGGACAGUGUGAACGGCACCAAUUCAUCCAUGCAGGAGGAAAACCAGCGUGCCUUGGCUGUGCAGCUGAUCAACGAGGCCGUGGGGCAGCGGGACCCCCAGCAGACCCUGGCAGCCCUGCUGCUCCCCGGGGCUGCCCUUUUCCAACUGCUUGACCAUCUCUCCCAGAUCCAAGCAGGGGUGAGGAUGUGGCUGGUCCGGAGAAGGUACCAGGAGAGGCUGAGCUACUUCAGGCAGAACGUUGAGGCUGUGGUUACCAUCCAGGCUUUUGUGCGAGGGACCAAGGCCCGUGGGGACUACAGGGCGUUGGUCCAUGCCAGGAACCCACCGCUCAGCAUCGUCCGGCGCUUUGCCCACCUGCUGGAGCAGAGCCAGCACGACUUCUGGGAGGAGGCUGAGGUGCUGAAGCUGCAGGAGGAGGUGGUGAAGAGGAUCCGUGCCCACCGGCAGCUGGAGAGUGACCUGGACCUCAUGGACAUCAAGAUUGGGCUGCUGGUCAAGAACAGGAUCACCCUGCAGGAGGUGGUGUCCCACUGCAAGAAGCUGACCAAGAAGAACAAGGAGCAGCUCUCAGAGAUGAUGUCCAUCGACAAGCAGAAGGGGCUCAAGUCUCUCAGCAAGGAGAAGAGGCAGAAGCUGGAGGCCUAUCAGCACCUCUUCUACCUGCUGCAGACCCAGCCCGUCUACUUGGCCAGGCUGAUCUUCCAGAUGCCCCAGAACAAGUCCACCAAGUUCAUGGAGUCUGUGAUCUUCACACUUUACAACUAUGCAUCCAACCCCCGGGAGGCUUUUCUGCUGCUCCAGCUCUUCAAAGCUGCCCUGCAGGAGGAGAUCAGGUCCAAGGUGGACCAUGUCCACGACAUCCUGACAGGGAAUGCCAAGGUGAUCCAGCUGGUGGUCACCUUCUACCGGAGGGCGCGGGGGCAGAACGCCCUGCGGCAGAUCCUGGGGGGCCCCGUGGAGCAGGUCCUGCAGGACAGGACCCUCAGCAUCCGCACCGACCCCGUGGACAUCUACAAAGCCUGGGUCAACCAGAGCGAGUCACAGAGCGGGCAGAGGAGUGAGCUCCCCUAUGAGGUCAGCCCCGAGCAGGCCCUCAGCCACCCUGAGGUGCAAAGGAGGUUGGAUAUUUCCAUCCGGAACCUCCUUGUGAUGACUGACAAGUUUGUCUCUGCCAUCACCUCUUCCGUGGACAAGAUCCCCUAUGGGAUGCGCUACGUGGCCAAAAUCCUGAGGACGUCCUUGGCUGAGAAGUUCCCCAAGGCCCCGGAGGAGGAGAUCGACAAGAUCGUGGGGAACCUGCUCUACUACCGCUUCAUGAACCCAGCAGUGGUGGCCCCUGAUGGCUUUGACAUUGUGGACAUCUCAGCUGGGGUGACCCUGCACCCCGACCAGCGCCGCAGCCUGGGCUCCAUCGCCAAGGUGCUGCAGCACCUGGCCACCCACAGGGCCUUGGAUGGGGAGAACACCCACCUCUGUGGGGUCAACUCCUACCUGGAGAACACCUACCACAAGUUCAGGAAGUUCAUCUCUGCUGCCUGCUGUGUCCCAGAGCCAGAAGAGAGGUUUAACAUAGAUAAGUACUCGGAGCUGGUGACAGUGGCCAAACCUGUCAUCUACAUCACGGUGGGGGAGCUCAUCAACACCCACAAGCUCCUCCUGGAGCACCAGGACUCCAUUGCACCACACCAUGGAGAUCCCCUGCAUGAGCUUCUGGAGGAUCUUGAGGAGGUUCCUAUGGUCCAGUCCCUUGUUGGGGAGAACAUUCCCAACACAGUGGACACCAGUGCUGACCAGCUCAGCAAACUGGAGAUCUCCCUCACCCUCACCAGCAAACUGGUGCCAGCAGCCAGCAGUGAGGAGAGUGACACGAGGAGCUUGUUGCUGAGCACCAAGCAGAUGCUGGUGGAUGUGAUCCAGUCCCAGCCAGGAGAUUCCCUCCAGGAGAUCCUGUGGACACCAGCCUCCCAGCACGAGGAAGCCUCCCACCAGCAGCUGCUGGGCAGGCAGGCCCUGUGGGAUGCCCAGAGCCCUGCCCAGCUGAGGGACAACCCCUCCCUGGCUGCCACCAGGCACCUCUCCCUGGAGGAGAAGAAGCGCAAGAUCAUCCGCAACCUGCGGCGCCUGGAGAGCCUGGGGCUGGUGGCCUCUGCCCACCACUACCAGGAGCUGAUCAACCAGCUGGCCAAGGACAUCCGGGAGCAGCGGCGCCACCGGCAGCAGCGCCGGGGGGAGCUCCUGAAGCUGAGGGAGACCCUGGAGGGCCUCAACACCAAGACCUUGUUCUAUGAGGAGCAAAUUGAUUAUUACAACCAGUACAUCAAGACCUGCCUCGACAACCUGGCAGCCAGCAACAGGGUCAGUGGGAAGGCCAAGAAGCUGCAGCCCCUGCACUACACAGCAGCCCAGCUGCUGGAGAAGGGGGUGCUGCUGGAGAUUGAGGACCUGCCCCACAGCCAGUUCAAGAACGUGAUCUUUGACAUCAGCCCCUGCCAGGACCCAGGCAGGUUCCAGGUGACAGCCAAGUUCCUGGGCAUUGACAUGGAGCACUUCCAGCUGCACUACCAGGACCUGCUGCAGCUGCAGUACGAGGGCGUUGCUGUCAUGAAGAUGUUCAACAAGGCCAAGGUCAACGUCAACCUGCUCAUUUUCCUCCUCAACAAGAAGUUCUUCAAGAAGUAA